AUGGCUGGAGAUGAAUUCAAUACGGAUGCUACUGAUAAACCUUUCAGUAUCACAAACAUCCGGAACUAUGUACCCAUCACCCUCGACUUUGAAGAACUCAAUUAUGACACUUGGUGUGAGCUAUUUACUGCCCGUUGCAUCAGUUUUGGUGUCAAACACCACAUCUCCAAACCUGCGUCACAAGCUAUGACCUCCAAAUGGGAGCUAAUUGACAAUCUUGUCAAGCUUUGGAUUUUCGGCACUAUUCGCAAAUCCUUACUCCAAAUGGUUUUGAAACCCAGAAUGACAUCAUAUGAUUUGUGGAAAGGUCUUGAAGAUCUCUUCCGAGACAACAAAGACUCUCGUGCAAUGCAACUCGACCAAGACCUCCAGUCAAUUGAGAUCGGAGACAUGUCCAUUCACGACUACUGCCACAAAAUCAAAGUAUUGUCAGACCUUCUUGCCAACAUUGAUCAGCCCGUGCCCGAGAAGAAUCUAGUCAUUUACAUGAUUAAUGGCCUUGGAGAUAAGUUUGACAAUGUCUCAAGCAUCAUUCGUCAUCAAUGA